ACAAGUAGAAAGCCAAUGCUCCUGUUAAGGCAUCCCCAGCUCCAGUUGUAUCCACUGCUUCAACUGUUGAUGCUCUGUUGCGUUGACGAUGAAUUUCGUUCCUGAUUCCCUAUUUCUAUUCAACUGAGCGCAUUCCUGAUAUGUAGCGCUUAUAAAAGUUAUGGAAAUGGUGGCGAACACGCUUCACCUUGAUCAAGUUGGCCGUGUUCCUAAACGGAGUGCAUCACCGAGAAUUCUAACACAUUUUGUGGAAGGAUUUGUCAUUCAAGAAAGCAACUAUCCCUUUACGUCUGGAGAUGACGUGGAAGAAAUUAAUCAAAACCAGCUGAAUGGCAAUCAAAAUUAUGAGAAUGGAGACAUUGAUAUGGAAGCUGGAUUUGAGGCUGAGAGCCCAUCAAGUAAUGACGAAGCUUUUAAUGACGUGUUUGUAGAAGAUUCUAACAUUGGACACUGUGAACAGUGCGGGUGCCUCACAGAAGUGAAUCAUCACCGAGGACCAAAGAGAUUCUGCUCAACGUCAUGUGCAAGAAGAUAUAGUGUAAGCUGCUCACGUAAAAUGGUAGCAUUUCAUGCUCGUAGCCAGGGUGGACGACACUCCAGUGCAAACUCAGAUCAUAGAAAGUUGUCAUAUUCCUUACCCAUGUAUUAUGAACAGCAGGCAGGUCCAUAUAUGGUGGAUGCCUCAAUUCAAGUAAAUGAGUUUGACACAGUCCACCCACUAAACUUUGACUGGACUCGCAGCGAUGUGGAACCCCUGUGGUUGUAUGAACAUGUUGAAGCCGCCAAGUGGAAUGUAGAAGAAGUGGCUGCCUUCGUAAAGUCCCUGAACGGUUGUUCUGAGUAUGCGGACUCAUUUGUGUCGCAAGAGAUUGACGGUCAGGCGCUGAUGCUCCUGCGUGAGGAACACAUGGUGGUCGCCAUGCACAUGAAGCUGGGUCCUGCGCUCAAAAUUGUUGCCAAUGUCAAUGCCAUGAAACGUGAAGCCCUUAAGGAACAUCAGUAGUUUUUAUUAGAUUUCCGAAACAUAUUUAUUUAACUGAGAAAAAGAUUCUCAGAGGCGAUGUUUUAUAGGAUCGAGCAAGGGGUUUUUUGGGAUAGUGUCAGUUUUCUUGCGCUUAGUAAAGGAAUGAAAAAUGUUACGCUUUGUUUGCUUACAGCAAGCAUUUAUCCUUUGCUAAUUGUCUCAACCAUUUGGACGUACUUUUUAGCUCUCGAGCUGAAAACAAUCGGUUAUUAAGAGUACCAAAUCAGUAAUAAAUCAGAUUUGUGCUAGCUCGCUCACUUGCUUCCCCGUCUAUCUCCUCCAUAAGGAAGGCGAAAGUUUACGACAAGAUACAUGUAUUUCAUUUGUUGCUAUUUAUAAGGGGAGUGUAUGGAUAUCAACAGAAAAGUGUUAAAAUAAGUUUUCCCGACUGCAUUACAAGAAUAGUUAAAGAAUCCAGCUCCCCUCUUGUUAAAAGUCGUCAUAAACGUUCGAAUACUCGUCAGCACUGUCCAGUCAGUGUCAUUUCUUUCCGGGUUGCCCCCCAUCAAAACAGAAAGCAAUAGGACUGAACAAUGUGAGAAAAGCUGUAGAUAUGUAAAUUAUCUCGGAAAACCCCAGUUAUGGUCAUAAAUUAAAUAUUCGUUUAAUUCCCAGUAAUUCCAAGGGUAUACCAUGUUGGUGUGUCUAAUCUGUUUUUAUCUAUUGAACUAUAAACUGUUAAGGAUCCUUUUUGUAAGAGGCCACCCUCUGUAUUUCUUUUUUUUUUUUUUCAAUUAUUUCGAUGGUAUC